CUGCACUACGGGACCCUCCUGGGCAGCAGAGCUUGUGUCCACAUGGCAGCAGCUGCCUGGGCCACUGGGUUUCUCUAUUCUCUGCUGCACACGGCCAAUACAUUUUCACUGCCCCUGUGCAAGGGCAAUGCCCUGGGCCAGUUCUUCUGUGAAAUCCCCCAGAUCCUCAAGCUCUCCUGCUCACACUCCUACCUCAGGGAACUUGGCCUUAUUGUGGUCAGUGUCUGUUUAGCAUUUGUGUGUUUUGUGUUCAUUGUGGUGUCCUAUGUGCAGAUCUUGAGGGCCGUGCUGAGGAUCCCCUCUGAGCAGGGACGGCACAAAGCCUUUUCCACCUGCCUCCCUCACCUGGCCGUGGUCUCCCUGUUCCUCAGCACUGGCGUGUUUGCCAACCUGAAGCCCCCCUCCAUUUCUUCCCCAUCCCUGGACCUGGUGGUGUCAGUUCUGUACUCAGUGGUGCCUCCAGCAAUUUUCCAGCCGCUCGUCCCUGAGCCUGUAGCGCUGCCUGGGGUUGUUGUGACCCACGUGCUGCACCCGGCACUUGUUAAAAUUCAGACAACAGACCUCAGCCCAAUGAUCCAGCGGGUCCAGAUCCCUCUGCAUGGCCUUCCCAUUCUCCAGCAGAUCAACACUCCCACCCAACCUGGUGUCAUCUGCAAACUUACUGAGGGUGCACUCGAUACCAUCAUCCAAAUCAUUGAUAGAGAUUAA